AUGAAACUUAUUAUGUUUGAUUGCUCUAGAAUGUUUGCCACAUUGGAGAACAUAAUAUUUUAUCGAUACAACUCUGUGAAAGACUUUAAUAUGAUAGUUAUUUUGUUCAUUUCGAUAGCCAUUUUUAUCACCCUUCGAAAACGACUUAUCAGCUCAAAGGAUACCAUUGAAGUGUCUUCAAAAACAGAUACUACCCAUGCCUCUACUGAUAAUAAGAACGGGGUAAGCCAUGAAGGAAAACCAGACAUUAGCUGUUGGAAAAGAGUGGCAUCCGCCAUUUCAAUACUGAAACAUUUUUUAACGAUGAUGGUAUUAUCAUGGAUUUCUCUUAAUACAUGCAAUGCGACAUUAAUGGCUCUUAUUGAUCUAUGCGAAAAUACUUUUGGUGAGACUGUUCUCAAUGCAAUUUUGAUUACUGGCUUUAUUAAUAUAACGUCUUUAUUUCUUACGUGUUUUAUUAUAGUUUAUUUAUCUUUUUGCAAUUGGAUCUAG